AUGCCCUCCUCCAAGACCGGCAGCGAGUACUGGAUCGACGGGUCCCACCGUGAGACGGCCCUGGAAGAUUUCUACGUCGUGGGCCCCGAGCUGGGACGGGGAGCCACCUCGGUGGUGUACAGCUGCGAGGAGAAGGGCACAGGCACCCCGUACGCUGCCAAGAUACUGAAGAAGACGAUUGACAAAAAGAUCGUGAGGACGGAGAUCGGGGUCCUGCUGCGGCUCUCGCACCCCAAUAUCAUCAAGCUGAAGGAGAUCUUCGAGACGCCCUCCGAGAUCGCGCUCGUCCUGGAGCUGGUGACGGGAGGAGAGCUCUUCGACAGGAUCGUGGAGAGGGGUUUCUACAGCGAGCGGGACGCGGCCCACGUGGUCAAGCAGAUCCUGGAAGCCGUUUCGUAUUUGCACGAAAACGGAGUCGUCCACCGCGACCUGAAGCCGGAGAACCUGCUCUACGCAGACCUGUCCCCCGACGCUCCCCUUAAAAUCGGUGACUUUGGGCUCUCCAAGAUCGUGGAUGAACAGGACACCAUGAAAACCGUCUGCGGGACGCCGGGGUACUGCGCUCCCGAAAUCCUCCACGGGUGCCCGUACGGCCCUGAAGUGGAUAUGUGGUCCGUGGGCGUCAUCACCUACAUCCUGCUCUGCGGCUUCGAGCCCUUCUUCGACCCGCGAGGGGACCAGUACAUGUACAGCCGCAUCCUCACCUGCGACUACGAGUUCGUGUCGCCGUGGUGGGAUGAGGUUUCCCUCAAUGCCAAGGAUUUGGUCAGAAAAUUGAUCGUCCUGGACCCCCAGAAGAGACUGACUGUCUACCAGGCUCUGGAGCAUCCCUGGGUCACCGGGAAAGCCGCUAAAUUUGCUCACAUGGACAGCACGCAGAAGAAACUGCAGGAAUUUAACGCCAGGCGGAAGCUGAAGGCUGCCAUGAAAGCCGUGGUGGCUUCCAGCCGCUUGGGCAACCACGGGCACCACGACUGCUCCCGCAGCGGCCGCAGCCAGGGGGGUCCCCGGGGUGCCUGUCUGCCCCAGGGGACGGGGACCGCCGGCCCCGAAGCCACCGCCACCGAGGACCUCGAUGCUUUCCGGAGCGACUGCCCUGCCGUGUCCAAGGUUCCCGUGAACGGCGCCGGCUGCGAGAGCUAA